AUGUCCACUAUCUCUCCAAUCCAUCCAGCUUAUGCAACACAAAUGGGCGCUUUACCACCCAACAUGCUCACACCUGCAUCAGGCAUGGCUCCUUAUUACCCGGGAGCAGGAAUGCCUUAUUCAUCAAUGCCUUCAAUGAUGGGAGUACAACCAGCAAUGGGUGGUGGAACGCCUUACUAUCCGCCACCACCAGCGGCGGCACCACUACCCACCGUCUACGGGUAUCCACAACAAACACAACCAGGCUGCUUGGAUCAUCCCGAAGGAUGCUGUAUUGGCUUGUAA